AUGUCUGCAGCAGCCUCUGGAGUUAGACUCAAACGGUCUAUUUCGUCUGUCCUUGUUAGCCUUUUCAAGCAGAGAAAUACCGAUGAUGAAAUCCAAGAAUCAGCUCUGGUUGUAGAGGAGCAACCGUCACAAGAAAAUCAAAUACAAGACAGCCACAACGACUUCUCAUCAGAGAUUUCGGGCCUAUUCGAUGCUUCUAUUGCUGAUGGACCACCAUUGGUGCCUAUUUUGCCCAUUCAGCGUUUGAAAAUCCUACGCUAUAAGCAAUAUUUGCGCAGAUUGGAAUACAGAUUGGAAGUCCCCAUAGACCAAGACUACCUGCUGGAAAAUUCCACUUUUGCUGCGGACCACGAACGUGAAUCGUCAAUUGGAGUUUUAGGACCUUCGAAGAAGCCCAAAACUGGUAUGAAUGCGGCCGAAAAGCGUUUAUAUCAGCCCAAGAAGUCUGGGAAAAGGUGGAACGGAGAAAUGGAAUAUGACUUGACUGAAUACGACGCGGUGAAAAGACCUAAAUUGGAACAAGAUAGUAUGGAGCCACCCCUGUUAGCGACCGAUUCGACGGCUCCCAGGGACAGGAUGAACGCCGAUGAUGGGUAUCUCUCGAAAAAGCAAAUGGAUAUCUUAGAUGGCAAACCUGCGCUGGGUUCAAGCAUUCCGAAAAUCCCUCAUAACUUUACAACUAAUGGGUCUAUUAGUGAGAAAUCCGCAUCCAGAUUGCCGGCACUACCAAGUUCCGGCUUCGAUUUUUUGAAAGCGAGUCCCACUAAUCAGAAACUAACCGAUAAAGCAGAUGAGAGUUCGUUAUCUGAGACGAUCGCAUCGAAGCCUCAAGCUUCAAAGGGCUUCAGCUUUGGUACCGGGGCCCUGGGAAACGCUAACACGGAGGUGCGAUCUUUCGCAGGUGCCGCGAAAGCAAAAUCAGAAGACAAAAAAGAUUCCUCUGAUUCCAAGAAUUCAAGGUUCGGUAGCUUGGAAACUAAUAAGCUCGCAAAUCAGACUAAACCCAGCUUUUCGUUCGGAAGCUCUGUCUCGAGCAAUGGCGGUCUUCUCUCAAAAGAACAUAAGAGUGUUACGCCCUCAUUUCAGUUUGGAAAGAAGCUGGAACAUAAUACAGAGUCGUUGAACUUUGACAACAAAAGACCGAGGGAUCUCGAAGAUAGCUCUGCUAAGAGUUUCGGUCAAAGCGAAAAAAGUGCGAAUGCUCCACCUGCAUCAAAGAUCUUUCCGUCCUCGGCUUCAGUACCAAAAGCAUCAGUUGCUGCUAAGUCAUCAUUUGUUUUUGGUUCAAGUACACCCGAAACUAAGAAAGACGCAUCUCCAGACAAAUCCAACGGCAGUUCUAUAUUGGGAAGUGGGGAGGAUAAGAGUACUAGCUCUUUCAGCUUCAAUGCCAACUCAAAACCAUCUUCCAACGAAGCCGUAAUAGAUUCUGAGCAGAAGGUGCCCGUUGGCUCACUGUUCUCGUUCGGAGCGAAAAAAGUGAUGCCGAAUACAUCCUCAUUAAAUGGAGGGGAGAAGUUCGAUGAAACACAAACUCAAACGGAGUCUUUCACUUUCGGCAAACCUAAUUCUGAUCACAAGAACCUUCCGAAUAACACAAAUCCGUCGUUUUCCUUCGGCUCAAAACCAGACUCUUCGAAGGAGAGUAAAACCAACGCAGAUGGUGGCAAGACAGCGACUCAGGCUUUUAGCUUUGAAGCUAAACCAAAAAGCGACAAAGCUUCGCAACCGGCUUUCAAGUUCGGAGGAAACACCCAGCCUAGAAACGACGAGAAUCCAAAGCCAGCUUUUACAUUUGGUGGCAAAGUCGGUUUAGAGAAGCCUGCUGCUAACUUGUCAAGUGAGAAAAAUGCCAUCACGCCUGCCCCUUCUUUGUUUACAGGACUCACUGCAAGCAAAGAAUCCUCGAGUACAUCAUCUUUUACAGUUGGAGGCAUCAAUGGCGCCAACAACCAAACAAAGCCUGAAGCAGGUACUCAGAGCUUUAAGUUUACGUUAAACGAAAGCAAGUCGACGCCGGCGUUCAAAUUCAAUAACGACACAACGAAAACGCCAAAUGGAACAGCAGGUAUUGGCCUCUUGAAUAGAGCACAAGCUCCGGCAUUAGGAGCACCGCACCCUGUUCAUCCCACAACGCCCUUUAGCUUCAGCCCGGCUGCCACUACACAACAACAAAGCUUAUCGGGUUUCAGCUCGGCUUCUUCCACCGCAACUCCAGCCUUUGGCGCCAGCGCGAAUGUAAAUCAGAUGACAGCACCCUCUGCUUUUGUGGGCAGUUCAACCACGUCAGCUUCUCCGCCUCCGUUUGGAAACCCCUCUCCCGGAUCGGCUAGUGGUACGUUUCAACAAAAUAGGGCAUUUAGUCCGUCCCAUACCAUGAACCUCAACUUUGGCGGCACAUCGGCAGCUGCUCAAGCGCCCAGCGCAAUUUUUGGCGCUGCAACUAAUACAAAUCCUGCUCAAAUAUUUGGAGCACAGUCUAGCACACCGGCCGCGACGUUUGGAAAUGAUCAAUCGCAAGGUACGCAAACGAUGUUCGGUGGUGGAGCACUACCAAAUCAACAUUCUCAGCAACCUACUAUGAUGGGCCUACCACCCGGAAGAAAACUUGCUCGCAUGAGAGCGAGAAGAACCUAA